AUGCGCCACUUCACACCGACACCUUCGCCACGAUUCCCGAUUACUCAUAACCCGAGAUUUCCAGCAGGCAGGGACAUCAGGAAUAUGAGUAAGACCAUACCUAACCCGGGCGACGGAAAUAUAACACUACGAGACCUAGUCACUAGGGACGGACUAUUACCACUGACUGACCUUGCGGACACACACUAUCCAACCAUGACUCAAACAUUCCAAUAUCAUCAGCUAAAACAUUUUUUACAUAAAGAAGGACUCUUACACUGGCAGCCAAGAGAAGAGACCCAAUUUGAAAAACUCUGCUCCACGCCGCCGAAAACCAAAAUAGUAUCUAAGUGUUAUCAACUAAUCCAAGAAUGUACGAACAACUCUCUCCCGUGGUUCACUGCAAAACACCAACAAUGGUUGUCAACCCCGUGGGAAGAAAAAAAAUGGCAUACUACCUUCACUAAAAUGAUGAAAUCACACUCUAGCAUAACAAUACAAGAACCAAAUUUUAAAUUUCUUUCCCACUGGUAUAUAACACCUGUAGACGCCAACAAAUACGAUACCAAUACCUCACCGCUAUGUUGGAGGUGUCUGCAAGAAUGA